AUGGAGCCAUCAGCUGUGCGUGCAGGGGUGCCAAUGGCGCUGCCCUACUGUCCUUCUGAGGGUGAAGAGUCUGCCACGAGCCAAGAGGAAGUGGCAGCGGCGGCUGAGCAGCCCAAAAAGGAGGCAGCAGCGGCUGAGCAGUCCAAAAAGGAGGCGGAGCCCAAAGAGGAGGUCAAGCAGGAGGGGAGCGUGGCCAAGCGCAUGCGAAUCCACGGACCUGGAAAUGGGGCAGAGCUGGACACGGCGAGACGGUGGACACGUUGUACGAGCCGGUCAAUUGCGCUGCCUUGCGGCGCCUCUUGCAGAGCCGCGCCGCCUGGUCCCUCGGCCUGCGCGAGGACCUGUUCAGCAUUCUCUACCGCUGCGACCUCCCAAUUUGGGGGCGACACUCAGGAGCUUGUGGUGAUGUAUCGCGAGUUGCCAGGCAUCAACGGCAAGAACAGGCGCCGCUACAGCGGGGCCAAGCUGCUUAAAGAGGACGACGGCUCGGCGCCGCCCGUGUGUGUCCGGGCGCACAAGCAGGGACUGUCCGAAUAUGAAGCUACUCGGGGCCUCUUCUCCAUGACCAAGAUCGUGAAGGAGCUCGGGCGGGCGGGGCUGCCCAUUGCAGACCUGGACAUCGUGCACGCGGCGCCGGUGCUGCAGCACAGACGGCACCCGGACAAGCCGUGCUUGGAACGUCUGGUCAAGGACCGUGAGACCUGCUACAAAGAGCUCGGCUGCAGCCGGGAGGCUGCCAAGAAAACCUUCAACGGCUUGAUCUGUGGCGGCGGCACCCGCCAUUUGCAGACCAUGGCGAAGGACUACGGCGUGAUCCACAGCCCCUUCUUGAAGGAGUUUAGGAGCGAGCAGCAGGUCAUCAGAAGACAGGACGCCGCAGCUUACCCUCGGGUAAUGGAUGAGCUGCAGCGCAGGGGAGUGCGCUAUCCGGAAGCAACUCUCCAAGAGCUGCUUCACGAGGUGGACGAGCGGGCUGCGAUGGACCAGGUGGCAGAGUGGCUGCGCAAGAACCCCGACACCGGCAGCAUCAUUUCUCACGAGCAUGAUGGGGCGCCGGUGCUGGACUCCAGCGGGGUCGGCGAUGACGCUUGGAAGCAGCGCCUCGUGGAUGGGGCGCAGCAACAGACCGGGCUGGAGUUUGCCGUGAAGCCCUACAGGUCGGAGGCGAUGAUUUGGGCGCUGCUCAGGCAUGAACACCCAGAGCUGGAUUGGGACACCCAAGACCUGGAUGCGUAUCAGCUCGAGUACAAGCGCGUGCAGCUGAAGUACUACAUGCAUGAUGGCAGGUCCCAGCCGGACAUGCUGGUUGGCGAACUCAUCGGCGCACAGCCUGCUCCCGACAAUUCCGCGGUGCUGUGCCGCGAUGUCUUCCGGACGCUAGCAGACGCCCGCGACAUCGAAGUGGCCCAGCAGGUGGUGGACGGCUGCUGGAAGGAAGACGUCUUUCCACCGGCGUGGACACGCAAGUCUGGGUGCAUGCUGCAGGCCACGGAAUUCUUCGUGGGCCAGAUGUACCAGGAGGCCUUCAUGGAAUCUAUGGACGCGAAGGAGACUGAUCGCUAUGUGCUCUUCCGCGGCGGCCUGACACUUGAUCGGGACACGAAGCUGGUGGAGCGUGGCCGCAGGGACCUCUUCAUCACUCGCAGGGCUGGCCUCGAAUACCCCGCUGAGCUUGCCUCGAAGUGGGCGGAGGAGCUGAAGCAAGUCUUCGAGAGGGCCAAGGCGUAUGAGCAGGGCUUCCUCACGGCCUCGCUGAACGGCUACUCGGUGAUGCUGUCGGAGACUUUCAAGAACCUUGCAGAGCGCCUGGAGGUCGUGCGAAUCUUGUACUCGCUGCACAGUAUGGAGACCCUGGUCUGUCAACCGGGCGGGCCGCGAGAUGCCAUCAGGCACAUAUCAUGGGGGGCCGGCUGA